GCGACUCUAACACCACUCCGACCCUAAACCCAACAUGUCGUUCAAAUUCGGCCUCAAUGUCAAAAACAAGGGCGCAAAUCCACUCGCGAAGGCUGCUGCUAAGCCUGCCUUGGGAAAGAAGAAGAAGCCGCUAUUCGAUGACGAGGAGGAAGAUGUAAAGGGCAAAUCCAAAGCAGCGGAUGGCGUCCAGGAGAUUGGCGAGCUUAGCUUCGAAGACACGCUUGCCUCUGCCUCAUCGGGGCCCUCAAAACCAGCGCCGCAGAAGCCGAAGAAAGGCCAACCUCCAGCUCCUCCGUCCAAGAGACCUAAACCGAAAGAAGAUGAUCCCACCACCAUCGCAUACUCUGCCAGCGCCGCAGAAGCCGAGAAACGCGCACAAGAGGCACUGGAAGCCGAUGCCACAUUAUACGACUACGACGCUGCCUACGACGCGCUUCACGCAGUGAACGCCGCAAAGAAGGCUGCUGAGCGCGACAACGCCGCGGAACGGGAACCGAAGUACAUGGACGCGCUCUUCGAAUCCGCCGAGCAGCGUAAGAAAGACCAAUUACGAGCCCGCGAUAAACUCAUCCAACGCGAGCGCGAAGCCGAGGGCGACGAAUUCGCCGACAAGGAGAAGUUCGUAACAGGCGCAUACAAGGCUCAACAAGAAGAGACGCGAAGAGCGGAGGAGGAAGAGAAGAAGCGGCAAGAAGCAGAAGAAGAGAAGAAGAAGAAGUUUGGUAUGCAAGGAUUCCACAAGCAGAUGCUUGCAGAUCAGGAGCGACGGCAUCAGGAGGCUAUGGAGGCAGCCGCGAGAGCACUGAAGGAGGGCAUUAAACUUCCUGUCGAAGAAGCCGAGAAGGAGAAGACAGACGCUGAAAUUGUGGACGAGUUGCGUAAGCAGGGAAAGAAUGUCAUACUCAACGAAGAAGGUCAGGUAGCAGACAAAAGUCAGCUACUCUCAGCAGGACUCAACAUCAUCGCGAAACCUAAGCCCGCUUCUUCCACAUCUACUUCCACUGCCGCUGCAGACCAACCACAGUCAGCAUGGACGAAGCCCAAAUCCGGUAGGAACGCGCAACGCGAACGGCAGACACAGAUGGUCGUCGAACAAAUCGAAGCGGCGAACAAACGAAAAGCAGAUGAAGAAGCUGAGGAACAGGCGAAGCUGGAACAUGCACGCAAGAGUCAGAAAACAGAAAAGGACAUCAGCAGUGCCAAGGAAAGGUAUCUGCAGAGGAAGAAGGAGAAGGAGGCUGCCGCUAAAGCUGCAGCUGGGAAGUAAACCAUAGCCCAAAGUGACUCGUAGCACUCUGCAAGUUCAUAUAUCACCCAUAAACCAGGAUGUUUACCGCGAUUGACUAAUUGGCCAUCAGUGA